GUGAGUUGUGAAUGUGCCCAUCAUAUUAGGCCCAUUGAGAGAUGCCCUGCUGUUAAAAGCUUUGGUGAUAUUUGAGAAGAGACCUUUAAAACCAAUGUUUUUGCCAAGUCACAUCUCUGCUGAAUGCCCAUGCUAUUGUCUGCAGGUCUCCCUUUUGAAGUAAGGAAACACGACCAUGGCUUUUGGUGGAUUUGGAGGCUUUGGAGCAGCCUCAUCAGCUCCCUCUGGGUCUCUGUUUGGCUCAGCUUCAACCCCUUCAGUUGCAGGGUUUGGCACAACUACAACAACAAAAAGUGUCACUUUUGGCCAGCCAACCGCCAGUACAGGAUUUGGAGGCUUUGGCACCCCAGCAGCAGCUGUCCCAACUGCCGGCCUCAGCUUUGGCACACCGGCAUCAACAGCUGCCACAGGCUUCAGCUUCGGAGCACCUGCAUCUUCAGCUGGCACUGCCCUCAGCUUUGGAGCACCCGCAUCUUCUGUUGGCACUGGUUUCAGCUUUGGGGCGCCAGCAUCUUCAGCCUGCACUGGUUUCAGCUUUGGCACCCCGGCAUCUGGAGCUUCCACAGGUUUCAGCUUCGGUACACCUGCAUCAUCAGCUGCGCCAGGAUUCAGUUUCGGCGCGCCUGCCUCGUCGGCGGCGACAGGGUUCAGUUUCGGCACGCCUGCCUCGUCCGCGGCGGCGGGGUUCAGUUUCGGCGCCGCGGCACCCGCCGCCACUGCGGGACUCAGCUUUGGCAAACCAUUCACCACGACGACCGGUCCAAGCUUUAUGGGACUCGGCCAAUCCGGCGGCUUCGGUGGCUUCGGAGCGCAGCAGCAGCAACAGCAGCAACAACAGCAGCAACAGCAACAACAGGCGGCUGAGCAGCAGCAGACGCAAGCCCUCUACAGCGCCAUACUGAACGUGUCGUACUAUGGAGACGAACGGGACGCAAUUCUGACCAAGUGGAACCAGCUGCAGGCCAAGUGGGGCGUCGGCAAAGGAUUUUAUGCCGUUGGCCGGCCAGCCGUCGACUUCGGCGCCGACAACCCGUUCUGCCUGAUGAAGGCGGUCGGGUACGCGCGUCUGCCGACCGCCAAGAACGAGAACGGCCUGGUGGUGAUGCGCCUCAACAAGAAGGAGGCCGACGUCAGGAGCGGCCAGCAGCAGAUCGUGGCCGCGGUGACGGGCCUGCUCGGUGGCGCCGCCUCGCUCUCUGUCUGUGUGGAUAGCGUGCGCGCCACGGGCCCGGACAAGACCGAGGUGCAGAUCUACGUGCAGGAGCGCAGUCCCAACGGUGCGGUCCGGCGCGUGCCAGCCUCUGACCUUCACAGCCACCUGGCGGCGCCGGCCCAGCGCACUCAGUUGGCGGCGCUGGCGCUGGAGGAGCUGUGCGCCCUGGUGGCCCCCUCCGCCGAGCAGCUGCAGCUCUACCUGGACAACCCACCUGCCGGAAUCGAUAAGCUGAUCUGGGAGCAGGCCAAGAAGGAUAACCCCGACCCGAAAACCAUGAUUCCCGUACCGAUGAUCGGAUUCCAGGAGCUGCAUAGGAGGAUUCAGUGUCAGGAGCAGGAGAGCGUGAACCAGCAGCGCCGGCUGGACCUGAUCGCCUCCGACAUCGCCGGCCUGCAGAAGACGCAGGCCUCCACCGCCGCCCGGCUGGGACAGCUGAAACGUAGCAACCUCGAGCUCUCGCACCGCAUACUCAAGGUACUGGUCCGUCAGGAGGUGCUGCGCAAGCAGGGCUGGAGCAUCCAGCCGCACGAGGAGCGGCUGCGCGUCCAGCUGGAGGCGCUGCAGGACGAGCUGGCCACGCCCACGCAGUUCAAGGGCCGUCUGAACGAGCUGCUGUCGCAGACGCGGCUGCAGAGUCAGCAGGUGCUGCAGCGCGGCGACCGGUACACGAUGGACCCGGCCGGCCAGGACGAGAUCCGCCAGCUGCUGCGCUCCCAGCAGCACGGCCUGCGCCAGCUGGUCAGCGUUAUCCGGACGGACAUGGCCGAUCUGGAGGUCAUCCGGCACGGCCUGGAGCACGGGCCGCGUCGUUGACCGCCGCCGCCGCCGGACCGAGCCGUGGGACGACUGCGCUCGUCAGCGCGCGGCUCGCGUGUGGGCCACAAGGGCCGUCAGCUGCCAGUCGAUGCUGUGAAGGGGGACAGGCGCUGGCCGGUUUUUGGUAUGGACGAAGAAAUUGCACUGUGGCGAGUGCAAUGAUGAGACCCGUGUUACGUCACCAGACAUGUCAUCUUGAGACGUGCCACGUUUGUCGGUUAUCUUUGACGACGUUCCAUUGGGGUUAUGCACUUAUCUACACUGGCCCACCAUGUUACGGGCCUACGUCCACACCGCUGUCUGAGGUCCUCACUACGGGAGCCAAACAGCGGUGUCAGUGCUGUUGAAAGUGCAGUAGACUUUUGGAGUGUCUCACUGGCUGACUGGACGUUACAUUCGUAUGUGUCUUCUGAUCGUAAAAUGCAGGUGAUGCGUGGUGGCGACUCAUGGCAAUGGUGUCAUUGCUGCUUGCUGUUGGCUGUUCUUCGUAUCUGCGAAAAAUA